AUGGUUCUGAAUGAAGCCAAGCAAUACAUGGGAAUUAUCCAGUUGCUUCAGAAUUUCCAAUGGACCUGGAUCGGGCUGUUUGCAGUGGAUGAUGAUGGUGGCGAACAUUUCAUGAAGGUGCUAGAGCCACUGCUUUCCCAAAAUGGAAUGUGUUUGGCCUUUAUGCAUAGAAUUCCAAGCCAUGACUACUGGAGUAGUUUAGAAGACAUUAAUAACUUGGAAUUACAUAUAUACCUGCCUUUUACAGAUAGAAGAGUCCAUACAUAUAUUCUCUAUGGGGAAUCACGGACCCUAAUAAUAUUGAUCACUAUUUUGUGUGGAGGCAGUUGGGAAUAUGAAGAAAAUGCUUCCUUUCAAAAGGUAUGGAUUAUGACAGCCCAGAUCGAUUUUGCAUUAACAGGCUUUCAUAGAAUUUGGAGCUACCAAUAUUUCCAUGGAGCCCUUUCCUUUGCUAUCCACUCAAACAAGCUUCUAGGGUUUCAUAAAUUUCUUCAAGACAUAAAACUUUACCAGGCACAUGACAAUGAUUUUCUCAAGACCUUCUGGGAGCAAGCAUUUGACUGCAUAUGUCUAAAUCCCCAGGAGCCUACGACUGAUGGAGCAUGUACAGGGGAAGAGAAGCUAGAGAGCCUUCCUGCGACUCUUUUUGAAAUGCACAUGACCGGUCAUAGCUAUAGCAUCUACAAUGCAGUCUAUGCUGUGGCACAUGCUUUGCAUGCCAUAUACUCCUCUAGAUCCAGUGAUGAACUUCGAGAUCUCCAGCCUUGGCAGCUUCACCCAUUUCUUCAAGGUAUUACAUUUAACAACUCUGCUGGCGAAACAAUGCAUUUUAAUGAUAACAGGGAGAUGAGGAAUACAUUUGACAUAAUGAACUUGGUCACGUUUCCAAACAGAUCCUUUUAUAUGGUGAAAAUUGGAAAAAUAAAUCCCAGUGGUCUUGAAGGAAAAGAUGUCAGCAUUUUUGAAGACAGAAUUGUGUGGCCAAGUACUUUUAACAUGGUUCAGCCCCUUUCGUUAUGCAAUGACUAUUGUCACCCAGGUUAUCAGAAGAAAAAGAAGGAAGGGGAGAAAUUUUGCUGCUAUGAUUGCAUCCCAUGUCCCGAAGGGAAGAUUUCAAAUCAGAAAGACAUGGAUGAGUGUAUCGAAUGUCCAGAAGAUCAGUAUCCAAGCAAGGAACUUGAUCACUGUAUCCCCAAAAUGAUAACCUUCCUAUCGUAUGAAGAACCGUUAGGGAUCGGUUUAUCUUCAGUUGCUGUAUCUUUUUCCAUAGCCACAGUCUUAGUACUGGGAACUUUUAUUAAGCAUAGAGAAACUCCCAUAGUCAAAGCCAACAACCGAGAUAUCACCAACUUUCUCCUCAUUGCACUCCUGUUCUGCUUCCUCUGCUCCUUGUUGUUUCUUGGGAAACCUAAGAAGGUGACCUGCUUCCUCCGCCAAUCUGCUUUCGGAAUUGUUUUCUCAAUGGCUGUUUCUUGUGUCUUGGCCAAAACGGUCACUGUAGUUGUAGCUUUCAUGGCCACCAAGCCUGGGUCCAGCAUGAGGAAGUGGGUGGGAAAAAGGCUGACUACCUCCACUGCCCUUUCCUGCUCCCUCAUUCAAACAACCAUUUGUAUGGUAUGGCUAGGAACCUCUCCUCCUUUCCCAGAUUUUGACACACAUUCCUUGAUGACAGAGAUCAUUGCAGAAUGUAAUGAAGAGUCGACCAUCAUGUUUUACAUUGUUCUGGGCUACAUGGGACUUCUGUCCCUCAUAAGCUUGACUGUGGCUUUUUUUGCUAGGAAGCUGCCAGACAGUUUUAAUGAAGCCAAGUUCAUCACUUUCAGCAUGCUGAUAUUUUGCAGUGUUUGGCUGUCUUUUAUUCCAACCUAUUUAAGUACCAAAGGGAAAUACAUGGUGGCUGUGGAGAUCUUCUCGAUCUUGGCCUCCAGUGCUGCGUUGCUGGGUUGUAUCUUUUCACCCAAAUGUUACAUUAUUAUUCUGAAGCCGGAGUUGAACAAGAAGGAACAACUAAUUAGGAGAAAGAGUUAA